GGUCCAAACCAUAAUACCCUUCUCCAUCUUUUUACAACAGCAAAGAGAAUAGACCAUCUCUUCAUCAUCAUCUUCUAGAGAUAGAAACCAAAUCACUCUCUCUCUAAAAAUGGUGCACAAUGCCUACGAUUCCCUGCAACUGAUCAAGGACUGCCCUUCCACCGUAGAGUGUGUGGGCUUAUGGGACUCCAAGCUGCUCAUCUCCUGCAUCGACUGCUCCCUUCGCAUCUACGCCCCCCCUCCCGAGUCAUCACAGCCGUCCAUCUCCAAUGAUCCCCCAUCAUCUAGGGCUGGGGUGGCAGGGACGCCCUACGCUCUGGAGAGAUCGAUUUCAGGGUUUUCAAGGAAGGGUUUGAUAUCAAUGGAGGUGAUCAAGAAUGGGAAGGUGUUGGUCUGGUUGUCGAGUGAGGGGUUAGGGUUUCACAGGUUACCUGGAUUUGAGGCCGGGGGCAUUUUGGCGAAGGGAAAAGGGGUGAAUGUUUAUAGCUGGGACGAGAGGAGGGGGAUGUUGUGUAUGGGGAGGCAGAAGAAAGUGGUCAUUUACAGGUUCGAAGGAGGACGAGACUUUAUAGAAUUGAAAGAGUUCAAUGUUCUUGAUAUGGUUAAGUCGAUGGGAUGGUGUGGUGAGAAUAUUUGUUUGGGAAUUAGGAGAGAAUACAUGAUACUAAACACCACCAACAGUUUACUCACCGAGGUUUUUACAAGUGGAAGGAUUGCUCCACCAUCGGUUGUUCCCCUUCCUUCCGGAGGGCUUCUCUUGGGAAGGGAUAACAUUGGAUUUCUCUUCGACCAAAAUGGGAAGGUGUUGCCAGAAGGCAGGAUUUGUUGGUCUGAUGCUCCUGGAUCUGUUGCAAUCCACAUGCAGUAUGCAGUUGCUCGUUUACCAAGGCACAUUGAGAUACGUUCUCUUAGAGCUCCUUAUCCGUUGGUUCAAACAAUUGCUCUCCGAGAUGCUCGUGGUCUUCUUUCAAGCAAGCACUGUGUGAUAGCUACUUUACAGAAUUCAGUCUAUGGGUUGUUACCUGUUCCCCUCGGUGCACAGAUAGUACAACUAACAGCAUCUAGCAACUUUGAAGAGGCUUUGGCUUUAUGUGAGUUACUUCCCCCAGAGGAUUCAACUCUUCGAGCAGCCAAGGAAGGUUCAAUUCGCAUUCGGUAUGGUCACCAUCUUUUUGACAAUGGGAGCUAUGAGGAGGCUAUGGAACAAUUCUUAAAAUCUCCAGUUGACAUUACAUAUGUGCUUUCUUUAUAUCCAUUAAUAGACAUUCCUAAAAGCCAAUCUGUUACUGAGUCAGAGAAGACACUUGAAUCAGCUUCAGAUGCAUACCUUCUCUCUAGGGCUUCAUCUGAUGCAUCAGAUGAAAUGGAAGGAUCCUCUCCAUCAAGUGCCAAUAGCCAACCCUUGGAAUCAGAUGAGAAAGCAACACUAGAGUAUAGGAAAACAAGCCACAACUCUCUCAUGGCUCUUAUCAAGUAUUUGCAAAAGAAACGUGACAGUAUAAUUGAAAGGGCCACUGCUGAGGUAACAGAGGAGGUUGUUGCAUAUGCUGUGCAAGAGACUAGCACAUCUCCAGAUUCUCAUUGGUCAAGGAGUUCAGGCAAGAAUCGUGGUCAUGUCCAUAAAAGCUCAGGUGCUCGGGAGAUGGUAGCUAUUCUAGAUACCGCUCUUCUCCAAGCUUUGAUUCAUACUGGGCAGGGAUCAAGUGCAUUGGCAUUAAUGAAAAGCCCUAACUAUUGUGAUAUCAAAAUAUGUGAAGAAUUUCUUUUACAACGGAAGUUCUACUCAGGUUUGUUAGAACUGUACCAGCGUAAUGAAAUGCACCGUGAGGCUCUUAAACUUCUUAAUCAACUGAUUCAAGAGUCUGGCUCCGAUGAAAACCUGCCAAAUCUUGGAAGAAAGUAUACUCCAGAGAUGAUCAUUGAUUAUCUGAAGACUCCUAGCUUGAUUGAUCCUAUGCUUACCUUGGAAUAUGCUGCGCCUGUACUUGAAAGUUGCCCAGAGCAAACUAUUGAGCUCUUUCUGUCAGGAAACCUCCCUCCAGAGUUGGUGACUUCCUACUUAAAACGGCAUGCCCCGCAUAUGCAAGUCACAUAUUUGGAACAUAUGCUCACUCUAAAAGAGAAUGGUAUUCCUGCCAAAUUGCAAAAUGAGCUGGUGCAACUUUAUCUUUCAGAAGGACUCGAGUCAUAUAAUGAUCUUGUGGCUCAACAAAACUGGGAUGAAAAUGUGUAUUCUCCUACAAGAAGGAAGUUAUUAUCUUUCUUGGAAAGCACUUCUGCGUAUGACCCAGAACUUCUUUUAAAGCGCCUUCCUACCGAUGCUCUAUACGAGGAGCGUGCUUUGUUACUGGGUAAAAUGCAGCAACACCAACUAGCCCUUAUAUUAUACGUCCACAAGCUUCACGAACCUGAACUGGCACUGGCCUACUGUGAUCGUGUCUUCUAUGAACAGGCUUCUACCAAUUUGAAAGCUUCUCCUAACAUAUACCUGACACUUCUACAAAUUUAUCUCAACCCCAAAAGAACCACCAAGGAGUUUGAGAAGAAGAUUGUGAGUUUGGUUACAUCUCAGAGUUUUGUUAGUCAAAAAGUUGGGGGAGUUGGUAGAGGCAAGGGAGGCCGAGGGUCAAAGAAAAUUGUAGAGAUAGAAGGAGCUCAUGACCAAAGACAGAGCACCAGUAGCACUGAUAGUGGGAGGAGUGAUAUUGAGGGGGAUGAAGUUAGUGAGGAAGGAAUCACUUCUAUCAUGCUUGAUGAGGCCCUGGAUUUACUUGGUAAAAGAUGGAACAGGAUCAAUGGUGCUCAGGCUCUUAAGCUUUUGCCUAGCCAGACCAAGUUACAGAAUUUGCUUCCGUUUCUUGAGCCACUUUUAAAAAAAUCCAGUGAAGGUCGGCGGAACUUUGCAGUAAUCAAUAGCCUGAGACAAAGUGAGAACUUGCAGGUGAAGGAGGAUCUCUACAAAGAAAGGAAAAGGAUGGUUAAGAUUAGCAGUGAAAGCAUAUGUUCACUGUGUAACAAGAGGAUAGGGAGCAGCGUUUUUGCAGUCUACCCCAAUGGUACUACACUCGUGCAUUUUAUUUGCUUCAGAGAUGCUCAAAGUAUAAAGGCAGUGAGUGGUGCGCCAGUGAAAAGGAUCUGAUGCAUACAUGUUCACCUGCAAUAUGGGACUUGGACAAAACACAAAGGCAAAUAUCAGCUCAACUUCCCAUGUUUUACCUUGAAGUUUAGGCAUCCAGCUUCUGUGGUUCAAUAAUUUAUAGUUCAUUAAAUGUCCAUAUAUCUGUGUGUGUUUGUAAUCAAGCUCUUCCAUUCAUAUCCAUGGUGGAAUCGUCUUAUUCUCUUUUUUGUUUUAUUGGCUAGACUAUAAAUAUUACGGUGGUAAUAUUUGCAAAGUGGAAUUUUCCCAAGUGGAGAUGUGCACUAUCUGUGGUGUGUAUAUUCCUUUGGAACAAUUUGAUAUAUAUGUUUCCAGGAUUUCAUAAUGAUAAUAGUUGAUUCUCAUUUUCCUUGUUA